AAAAGCCGGACACCCGAGCGGAAGUCAUUCUGAGGCGCUGGCCGGGGAGGCAGGUGAGCGCCAGCCGGGAGUUGCAGCGUCCGGGGCCGGGCCUGUGAGGGCUGUACGGCGCUAGCAGGUGGAAUUGGGCUAUUUGCUGAAGCUUCUUUCCCUGGUAGCCCAGGGAAAUUUUUUCACUUUUUCUUUUUUUUAUCAUGGCUUUCGUUCAUAAAUUUCUGAAUGGCACUUAUAUUCUCAGAAAAUGCCCGAAGCCAAGUGUUGCCUCUUGUCCAUUUUGGGGUACUCGCUUUGCAGACUAUUGUUCUAAUAGUCUUCAGAAACCAGUGGCUGCUCCUGGCAAAGCCUCUUCUCAGAGGAAGUCUGGAGGGAAUUUGGAAGGACAUCAGCAGAGAGAAGUUGCUUUGGAUAUAACUUCUCCUGGGGACAAGCCUGAAGUUAUAUUUGAUAAAGCAAUUAAAGAAGAAAUAAAGGACCAUUUUAGGCGUUUGAAGAAUGAUAUUGUGAAUCAUUGGGUAGGGCCUGAAGGCCACUCUCUGCAUGAGGUCUUGAUGGAACAAGCCAAGGUCGUCUGGCAGUUCCGUGGCAAAGAAGAUUUGGAUAAGUGGAUAGUGACCUCUGAUAAGACGAUUGGUGGCAGAAGUGAAGUGUUCUUGAAAAUGGCCAAGAAUAACCAAAGUGCACUGCUGUAUGGAACUCUGAGCUCUGAGGCGCCCCAGGAUGGGGAGAGUGGCCGAAGUGGGUACUGUGCAAUGGUAUCCAAGAUUCCAAGGGGCCCUUUUGAGAGAAAGCGGUCUUAUGAUUGGUCCCAGUUCAACACUCUGUAUCUUCGUGUCCGUGGAGAUGGUCGGCCUUGGAUGGUGAAUAUCAGGGAGGACACAGAUAUAAUCCAGAGGAAGGAUCAGAUGUACAGUUACUUCAUGUUCACCCGUGGGGGGCCCUACUGGCAGGAGGUCAAGAUUCCUUUCUCCAAAUUUUUCUUCUCUAAUCAAGGAAGAAUCCGGGAUGCCCAGUACCAGCUUCUGCUUGACAGGAUCUCUUCUGUCGGAUUCACUCUAGCUGAUAAAGUGGAUGGUCCAUUCUUCCUGGAAAUAGAUUUUAUUGGCGUAUUUACUGAUCCAGCCCACACAGAAGAGUUUGCCUAUGAAAAUUCUCCAGAGCUUAAUCCAAGACUUUUUAAAUAGAGAUCUCUGUGGUGUUUCUGUAUUACUAAACUAAGGGCAGUAGAAUCCACGAUGACACAAAAAUAAAGUACUUCUUUAAUGGCGUCCAAACAAUGGCUGGUUUCUUCUGUUUUCUAAUCUAUCAAUCAGGAGAGGAGGCUGCUGAAGAAUAUUAAGUUAAAGAUGCUAUAGUAGUCACUGGGAAAAGAUACCUGUUUUAGUCUGCCUGGGCUGCUGUAACAAACUACCAUAGACUAGGUGGCUUAAACAAAACACAUAUGUAUGUCUCACAGUUCUGGAGGCUGGGAAAUCCAGGAUCAAGGUACCUGCAUACUUGGUGUCUGGUGGUGCAGUGGUUAAGAAGCCACCUGCCAACGCAGGGGACAUGGGUUCAAGCCCUGCCCCAGGAAGAUCCCACAUGCCGCAGAGGAACUAAGGCCGUGCGCCACAACUAUUGAGCCUGCGCCCUAGAGCCCAUGACACAACUAUUGAGCCAAUUUGCCGCAACUACUGAAGUUUGCUUGCCUAGAGCCUGUGCUCCACAACAACAGAAGCCAGAGCAAUGAGGAGCCAGCGCACCACAAUGAAGAGGAGGUCCUGCUCUCCACAACUACAGAAAGCCUGUGUGCAGCAACGAAGACCCACUGCAGCCAAUUAAAAAAAAAAAAAAAAAGUGUCGGGACUUCCCUAGUGGCACAGUGUUUAAGAAUCCGCCUACCAAUGCAGGGGACAUGGGUUCACUCUGUGGUCUGGGAAGAUCCCACAUGCCGUGGAGCAACUAAGCCCAUGUAUCACAACUACUGAGCCUGCACUCUAGGGCCCAUGAGCCACAACUACUGAAGCCUGUGCGCCUAGAGCCCGUGCUCCACAAUGCAAGAAGCCACUGCAAUGAGAGGCCCACACACGGCAAUGAAGA